UAAACAGAAUUUUAAUAAUGAUAAAAUUUAGCUUUAAAAACAUGUAGUAUGUUGCUAAAAAAAUAUAUGAGAAAUAAUAUAUUUAUAUUUAAUAUUUAUAUAUAGAAACAUUAAUAUUGUAAAAAUGAAUAGUGAUCAGUUUGCUCAGCAGCGUGUUCUUUUAGAUAGUCGUGCCGCUAUUGAACGAUCAAACCAAUCUGUUGCAAAAUCACAAGCUAUAUCGAUACAAACAGAGCAAAUUGGAACUGAAGUAAUUUCAGAGUUAGGGGAACAAAGAGAAUCUUUACUUCGUACAAAGUCAAGAAUAAUUGAAACUGAUCAAGAAUUAAAUAAAUCUAACAAAAUUUUAAUUACUAUGAAAAAAAGAAUAUUGACAAAUAAAUUGGUUUUAAUACUAAUUAUAUUGCUGGAAAUAGCUAUUCUUGGGUGUACAGUUUAUAUAAAGUUUUUUAAAAAGGCCAAGAAAUAAAUACAAAUA